AUUCACUUGAAAUAAUUACAAUAGUGCUUAUCAACAAGGUGUCUGGGUAAAAAAUCCCAUUAACUGAUUAAAGUGCCACUGAUUAAGUGAUUUACAUUUUUUUUGGAAAUCCGUUCACCAUCUUCGAGUCUUGGGAUACGUCUUAAUGGCUAACGAUUCCCAUUCAGAUGUAAAAAAAAUCUAUUUUAAUCGAGUCUGCCUAGUUCACUGCCUCCUAAUGAUGUCAUAUCAAUAGAUUCGAUCGAGACUAGCGGGAAAAUACCUUUCAACAUCACCUGGCAAAAGUUUUGAUAAAAGUGGGGACUUACAACUCUCACUGAUCGCGCAUCGUGCACCGGCCUCUUUCGGUACCUCAGUGUGACGGUCUCUCGCUCGAGCGAGAGUUUCUCCAAUCAAUUGCUAUUUUCGAUUCUUUAUUACAAGAAUGGAGGAUUAUCUUGCUAUUCCGGAAGAUGUGCCUAAUUAUCAUCACUUUUUAAAUUUAUCUUGCGAUGAUUACGAGGUGCCGCCCGCGGGGGAGUACAUGAGUAGUUUAGGGGUAUUUGGCACGAUAUUCGUCAGCAUCGGGACCAUCAUCACGGCUGCCACCAUUGGGCUGGCAUUAGAGGCCUGCUCUCGAGUGAUUUUCCAAGGGGAAACUAAGUACUACAAGACUAAUUGCAUGCUCGUGCUCUCUGUCUAUCCAAUUGCCAGCACGUGCAGUCUUGUUGCACUGGCCCUUCCGAGAGCACAACUGCUGACGGAGGCUAUAACCCAAAUCUCCCUCACGAUAUCAAUGUAUCGUCUUUACCUUCUUCUCAUCGAUGUCGGCAGGAGAAAGGUCACAGGUGUACCACCAAUGCUGCUGAGAGUCGGGCCAUGCUGUUGCUGGCCAUGUUUGCCAUUCCCCAGUCUCCAAUUCAAUGACGCCAAUUUGUCGUGGCUGCAAAUAAUCGUCAUGCAGUUUCCUAUCGUUCAGGGCCUCAUAUACCUCAUUUUCCUCAUCAUGAACAUGGAAAAUCCCGUGAUUUAUGGGAAGUACAGUGUCUUUCUGCAGCCCAUCUCCAUCAGCAGUAUCCUCCUGGCACUCUACGGAUUGAACAUCACAUUCAUGAGCCUCAAGGAUAUCAAUCCUGAGUUGAGGCUGCGACUGAAGGCGACAGUCACUCAAAUGGUUCUGCUCUUUUCUAAACUACAAUUGGCGAUCAUCAGGGCCCUGUCAUCUGUGGGACUGUUCCCCUGCAAUCCCCCAAUAACACCGCAGAUUUACGCCAAUUUUACCUACAACGCACUGAUGCUAAUCGAGAUGUUGCUGCUCUGCUACGCGGCGAGGCAUCUAUAUACGGAACAAAGAGUCGAGAAGGCGGACAGAACGUCGACAGUACCUGAGGAGAAUCGCUUGAAGACUGAAUUAACGACUGGAAUUAUUAUUAGCCAGAAUAAUAUCACUACUCAUAAUAACAACAAUAAUCACAGUGGUAGUAGUAAUAAUAGUAGUAAUGGGGGUGUGCAGGCGGCCGUUGGAGUGGCCAACAUGGGCUUUCAGUGAAAAAAAUCAGCAAAACUAAAAGGAACACAAAAUAUUUCAGUGAACAAUGAGAAAAAAAAUGUGAUUCCGAUUAACUCAGGUGUCCGCUGCGCGAAUAAUUGUUGUAUAAAAAAAAUAGUUGAAAAAAUAAAGGAUUAUUUAUUGGAAUAUGAUUUAAAAAA